AUGACUACGGAAGAUCUACGCCUGUUGGUGGAACCACAGGUUAUAUCCGAGGAGCAGCGUCAGUUCAACAAACUUUCCAAAGAUAGAAAGUUGGAUAGACUUAAUACGCUUAUUCUGAAGUCUCAAAUUUAUGCCAAUAUCAUUGCUGAUAAUAUCAUUAAUAACACCUCCAAAAAGAAACGCGCCAGAAAUGAAAGUCCUCAACCUGUCAAAGCUCAGAAAACCGCCAGCGGGAAACGAGAUAUCAUGUCAAUGCUCACAAAUCCCAAACCAGAAACAACCUAUCAACCAUCGUUGAUUACUGGUGGAACCAUGAAAGAUUAUCAACUCGAUGGAUUGGAAUGGCUUCUGACAUUAUACGAGAACGGCCUCAAUGGAAUCUUGGCAGACGAAAUGGGGCUUGGAAAGACUCUUCAAUGCAUUGCAUUUCUUAGUUAUUUGAUUUCAAAUGGAGUGACAGGACCAUUUCUCGUCGUGGUUCCACUCUCCACUUUGAGUGGUUGGUUCAACGAAGUACAACGUUUCGCACCAUCAAUGAAGGUCCUCAAGUAUACAGGAACCAAACAAGAAAGACAAAAGAUAAGGCUCAAAUCAGAUUAUAAUCUUAUACUCACAUCUUAUGAAAUUUCCAUUCGAGAUUUCACCAAAUUGAACUCGGUAUCGUGGAAAUACCUUAUAGUUGAUGAGGGCCAUCGUCUCAAAAAUAGCGAAUGCCUACUUAUCAAAGUACUAAAAAAACUUGAUGUCCAAAAUAGACUUCUCAUAACAGGCACACCAUUACAAAACAAUUUAAAUGAAUUAUGGUCAUUGCUCAAUUUCAUUCUUCCCGAUGUGUUCCAUGACUUGGAAUUAUUUCAACAGUGGUUCAAUUUCGACGAGCUCACAACCAUGAAAGACGACGAAGACGACGAUGAGACAAGAAGAUUGAUAGAACUUAACAUUCAAGAAAACUUGAUUCAUAACCUUCACACCAUCUUAAAGCCAUUUAUCCUUCGCAGAGUUAAGAAGGAUGUCAUAAUGAACUUGCCUUCGAAAAAAGAGUAUUUGAUUCAUAUCCCCUUGACACUGCUUCAAAAGAAACUCUAUAAAGAUGGCUUGGAUAAUAAUCUCCAUAGAAGCAUUGUCGAAGUGAAUUUGAAAGAAUAUCUCUUUUAUAACCACUCAUCAACCUUCAAAUACCCCAGAGACGAACCUGAAAUUGACGCGUAUUUACAAAAAGCCUACGAUGAUCAGAACCUAGAGGAGCGACAAAAAGACUAUAGCUUCGUUGAAGAAGAUAGCGACGACGAAUUUGAAAGCAAGAGUCCACGAAAAUCCAAACCAAAGACGGUCAGAAUGACAAGAAAACAAAAAAUCAUUGAUGAGUGCUUCCAUAAGAUAAGCAAGCAUACGAGAAAUCUCUCACUUCAAAAUGCCGUGGUCCAAUUGCGUUCGAUAUGUAACUCACCUUACACUUUUUACGAGCCAUUUCCUCUCAAUGAUUCCAAAACCAGUAUUUUCAUGGAGGUGUUUUAUAAAAACUCGGCAAAAAUUCAGGUCUUGGACCAGCUAAUUAAUGAGCUCUUGCCAGAUCAUAAACUAUUGAUCUUUUCACAGUUUACCAAAAUGUUGGAUCUCCUUCAUGAUUGGUUAGAUUUCAAAAAUAUAGGGUUCUGUCGUCUCGAUGGAUCAACAUCUCAUGAAGAUCGGGAUACUCAGAUCGAUCAAUUCAACACUGACAAAUCUAAAAAGGUCUUUUUGUUGUCAACCAGAGCAGGCGGGUUAGGAAUUAAUUUGACAGCUGCCGAUACUGUGGUGAUAUUUGACAAUGACUGGAACCCCCAGGUUGAUUUGCAAGCGAUUGACCGUGUGCAUAGAAUAGGACAAAAGAAGCCAGUCAAGAUUUAUCGCUUCCUCAUCAAGAAUUCAGUGGAGGAGAUUCUCAUUAGCAAGAGUUAUUCUAAGCGGUUUUUAGAAAAACUUGUAAUUCAAAUGGGUCAGUUUGAGUUUAAUAAGUUUCUGAAAAUUCUUGAUAUUUCCAAUGAAGAGGCUUCAAAACUAUCAUUAAAGAAUCUUCUUGAAGUGUCGAAAAACUUUCAGUUCCUGGGCGAGACCGAAGAAGGAUCUUUUCAAGUUUCUUACGAUUUAGACGUGCAACCUGAACUGGCGGUUCUCACAGAGACAGAAUUGUCUGAGUUGAACGACAGGUCCCUUGCAUGUUAUGAGACAGAAAAGGACUACCCCAACAUCACGGUCUACGAGACUACUAAUAACAUGGAUAAUUCAUCAAUGCCGUCACAUAAAUAG